GCGGCGGGGGCUCGGCGAGAGCCCGGUGGUAUUUAUAAAUGACAGCUGCAUUGAGUUAAAAACAUUCUGUUUCAGCAUGGAUUUGAUUUGGAUGCUUCCUAUGUAUAUCUUCUCACUUGCAAGCUCCACCUCCUGAAAAUCAGACACACCCACACACCCCUUCCUUGUGUACUUUGAGUGGAAAUAAAACCCAAGAAGAGUCUGGUUGCAUCUUCUGUACACGAUACUGCGAUACAGCAGGCUUGCAUGAGUCAUGUGAUUGGAUGGGGUCAAUCUGGAGAGGUUACAAGCACUUUGGAGCUCAGCAUGUAUUUGCAUAUUUUCCAGUGAGAAGACCUUUUGCUUUCUAAUGUGAGAAGUGGAGGAACUACCAUUGAUUUCAAUACUAUAAUAUUGAUCAAAGUUAUUUUUGGCACUGGGAGGCUGAAUAUCCUUGCUCUUUCUGGAGACAUCAUAUGUAAGAAAUGUCUAAGGCUUUGUAAAACUGUUGCCCAGUAGACCAGAAGAUGGAGACACAGCUAGAUCCCAUGAAGGAUGACUUGCCCUUAAUGGCCAACACUAGCUACAUGCUUGUAAAGCACUAUAUAUUGGACUUGGAUGUGGAUUUUCAAAGUAAAGUUAUCGAAGGCACCAUAGUUCUAUUCUUUGAGCCUGGGAGCCGGUACAGGAAAACCAGCAGCACUGGCAAAGGCGGCUGCCAGUCACAGUUUGAUGAAACCAGUAAAAUGAGGGCAUCUGAACCCUACCACGUUCCUGAGACAAAUGUGAGUACCUCUUCAUUGGAAAUGGAAUAUAAUGAUUUUGCUGUCUGUGGUAAAGGUGAAGAAGAUACUUCUGAUAAAAACAGUAACCAUAGCAACGAAGAACAGGCUUCUGGGAUUUCUGGUUCAAAGGACUGCGGUGACAUAGAGAAUCAUGGGAACAAGGAUUUUCUGCUGGUAUUGGACUGCUGUGAUAUAUCCGUGCUAAAGGUUGAGGAGGUAGAUGUUGCUGCUGUAUCAGGCAUUGAAAAAUUCACAAGAUCUGCCAAGCUGACUGAUGUUUCAAAGGAGCUGAAGCAGCUCAGGAAUCAGAUUGUACAUGAACUUGUGACUUUACCUGCAGAUCGCUGGAAGGAACAGCUAUACUAUUUUACUCGCUGCAGCCGGGCACCUGGCUGUGGAGAGCUUCUGUUUACUACUGGCACUUGGAGCUUGGAGAUAAGGAAAUCAGGAAUUCAGACCCCAACAGACUUUCCUCAUGCAAUAAGAAUAUGGUACAAAACCAAACUGGAGGGAAGAUCUGUUACUUGGACUACAGACCAGAAUGGCAAGCCAUGUGUUUAUACGAUGGGAUCGCCAAUAAACAACAGAGCCCUUUUCCCAUGCCAAGAACCACCCGUUGCCUUGUCAACAUGGCAAGCCUCCGUCCGAACAGCUGCAGGCUUUGUUGUAUUAACGAGUGGCGAAAACUCAGCAGAACCGGUCCAGCUUCAAGAAGGUAUCUUGAGCUGGUACUACUAUGUGACUAUGCCAAUGCCAGCAUCCACCUUCACUAUUGCUGUGGGGUGCUGGCAGGAAGUUAAACAGCAGUCCUUUGCAGCUGCUAUCCAGACAAACAUUGAGUUUGCCUUGCCAUCUUCGCAAGCUGAUUUCAGAUGGCAUGAAGAAAUCUGUGGUCAUGUGGAAUAUCCCUGCCGUUUCCAAAAUCCUACUGCCAGGUUGCAGGCAGUCAUUCCUUAUAGACUCUUUGCUCCCUGGUGCCUUAUGGAACAUUGCGAAGAACAUUUGCUUCAGCUAAUUCCUCAGUGCCUCUCAGCUGCUUACACCACACUGGGUAUCCAUCCCUUUUCCAGGCUUGAUGUAUUGAUAGUUCCUUCCAACUUUUCCAGUCUGGGAAUGGCUAGCCCACACAUCAUUUUCCUGUCACAGAGCGUAUUACCGGGAGGGAGCCAUCUCUGUGGAACACGUCUGUGCCAUGAAAUUGCUCAUGCCUGGUUUGGACUGGCCAUUGGUGCUCGUGAUUGGACUGAAGAGUGGAUAAGUGAAGGGUUUGCCACCUUUUUAGAAGAUAUAUUUUGGGCUAGGGCACAACAGCUGUCACAUGAUGAAGUAAAAGGGCAGCAGGAAUUGAAAGCUUUACUUCGCUGGCGACGACUCAGAGAUGAGGUACAGAACUCUGAAGAAGAGCUGCAAGUUUUAAGGCCCAAAAAAGAGAGCACAGGAGAACUGAGUGAGUCUGGGGCAUCUGUUGUCAAACAUGGUCUUAAAGCAGAGAAAAACUUCAUGCAGGUUCACUAUUUGAAGGGUUAUUUCCUUUUGCGGUCCCUAGCAAGGAAAGUAGGAGAGGCUUCAUACCUUGCAUCUUUACGAAAAUUUGUCCAUAAGUUCCACGGGCAGCUUGUCCUUUCUCAGGAUUUUCUUUGCAUGCUGUUGGAAGACAUCCCUGAACAAAAAAAAGCUGGAUUAACUGUAGAAAGUAUCUUCCAGAAUUGGCUUGACACUUCUGGAAUACCAAAGCCUUUGCUGGAGGAGGGUGAGACUUGGAAGGAAUGUCAUCUCGUCCAGCAAGUGAGCGGCGAGGUCACAAAAUGGAUUCAGACAAACCAGAAGAUCAGAAAAAGUGGCAAAAAGAAAAGAAAGCAGAUUGAAGUCGAUUUCCAAAAGGACAGAAUAAAAAUCCCUUGUGACUCAACAAAUCUGCUAUGGAAAAGAGUUACUUCUGAAGACUAUUAUCUUCUCCCUGACCAGCUGGUCUUACUUCUGGAGUCUCUCUUGGAGGAGAAGUCGUUGUGUCCUAGAAUACUGCAGCUCUUAGAGAAAAAGUACCGGCUCCAGGAGCAGGAUGCUGAGGUUCGUCAUCGAUGGUGUGAACUUGUUGUUAAACACAAGUAUGUGCCUGGGUAUAGAGAUGUUGAGAAAUUUCUCAGAGAAGAUCAGGCAAUGGGUGUGUAUCUCUAUGGUGAAUUAAUGCUGAAUGAAGAUGGGAAACAACAAGAACUUGCACGUAAAUGCUUUGCUGCAGCACAGGAGCAAAUGGAUGCAUCCUCAGCCAAACUGGUGGCAGAGAUGUUAUUCUGAAGAGGAAAGAUCACAGAGAAACUCUCUUAAUAUAUCUCCUACUAAACCCCAGUGGUACUAGGAUUUCAUUGACCCAAGACAUCAAAGGAAGGAUUAUAUGACUGCUAAAACAAUCAGAUGACAGAAACAUUUACCUCUCGGUAUUUACCUCUUCCAGAGGCGCGCACACACACACGUUACUGUGGCUCUAGGUAGUUCUUUAAUACAAGAAAUUUGGGGGUUAUCCUUGCUUUUUGGCGAUACAAGCGUUCCUGUUUGCAGAUGCCAAGGACUCUUGAUUUGAAUGAUUUCAUGCACUCCAGUAACUUGGCCAACAUUAGCAGUCUCUGAAAUUUGAUUGAACUGUAUUCUGUACUUAAAAUUUUGUUUGCAAAUUCUAAGCCAAAUUAAAAAGCCAAUACAAAAUUAGCAGGAUCUGGAGUGAUGCUGGGGAGGUGAAUGGGAAGCUGAAAUAAUCUGUGAAAAGUGACCAGCCAUCAUCCUGGUGAUGAGAUGGGACUGAAGGAAAAACAAAUGUCAGCAUUCUCUCUCUGUCUUGUUUAAGUUAACUUUUACCAGAAAUGCCAGACCUUCCAUUCCCUGAAAAUAUUUUCCAUACCCCUGUGCUGCUCCUUUUGCACAGUGACAUGUCAAGUGUAGCCCUUCUUUCCUAGGAAUGUACUGCUCCACUCAUCAGAAGACAUCUCAAUUGUUCCUUUCAGAGAGAAAGAAUUUAAGCACAAAAAUUUACCUUGUACACUAUUGUUUUACAUCAAAUGCUAUUGUAAAAAUAAGUAUUUAUUUCAAGUAUGUGUAGUCUCUCCAUUGCACAGUGGUUCAACUUUACGAACUCAGUAAAAAAGAAUGCCCCCAUUUCUGCUUUUCUGUAGGAGAGAAGCAGCUGAAAGUUGUUACUUAAUGGAUAUUAACAAGAAAAAUUAAAUGUGCUCAUUACUUUUUUUUAAAGUUCUUGUGCUCGAAAUCUAACGUAAGAGCCUGCCUCAACAGUGACUUCAGUCUAAAGAGUACAGUCCUCUUUACCUCCCUACAUUUUCUGACCUCCCCCUUUCCAGGCACACACUGUCAAUACCUGAAUUAUGGGACACUCAGCAAUUUCUUUCAAAUGCAGCAAGAGUUAGGAAAUUGUCCAAGAAUGCGCUGAGAUACAGUAGAAGUCAUUGCAGUAGUUAUGCUCACAGAUGUAGAUAUUAAGGGAUCCCAUUCAUAAAAGAGUUACGCUUCAUUUCACAGGUUUUUCUGCAAAGGCCAGCAAAGGAAACCAUCUUGCUUUUUUGCCUUUUCCAUUGUGUAAGCUGGAUAAGGCUCUUGCACAAGACACCCAGAAAUUAAAUAUGUUGUAAGCAUGUUCAUAGCCAGUACUGCUAAAACUACAUGGCAGGUAAGACAUUCCACACAUUUGCAAAUAUCGCCAAAUUUUUGUUCUUUCAAAACAAUCUACUUAAUUAUUUUUUUAAUACUGAGCACAGCAGUAGUUUAUUUUGCUUGCUACAGCUGUUCAGUCUGUCUCAGCAGUAUUAACAUGAGCAUGAACUUGAACACUGAUUUCCCUCACAACAGCUUUGUGAUCCAUCGUGCAUUGUAGCAACUGAAAAAAUGAACAGAAAAUAAUUCACUAACACCAAAUAACCUAAAAAAUGGUGGCAGCUCUGACCCUGUAUCUGGGAUUGUAUGGCCUUUUGUUGCUGAUCCAAGCACUGAUAAAUAGUGAGGCUCCAGAUUAAGAAGGAAGCUACAGGUGGCUUCAAAUAAAUUAUUGUCACCAUAACUCAUCAGAAGUAAGAGAGGAGUCUCCUGUAUGUAUUUUAUAGUAGCUUCAAUAACACUCACUAUAUAAGUAUGUAAAAAAAAAAAACAAAAAAACACCUCUGGGGGUGAGCCAUAUGAAGUGUCAUUUAAUUAUUUAAGUUUUUUAUAUAGGCCCUAGUGACAGCCUAGCAGAAAAAAAAAAAACCCACCAAAUUUUUUUUUUUUUACUCAAGAUUCUCCCAAGGUGGGUGUUUCCAUAUUAAUUUUCUGAAAGGAAGAAGUUGUAGAUUCUAAUUGUAGUAAAUAAAAGCAAACAACAAAAAA